GUGUAAAAUACAAAAAGUGAUGAAUUUUUUGUAUUUAAAUAUUUGAAAAAAAUUCACUGCUUGUCCCAUGCGUUGACCAUGCCCCAGAGGUCAUGCUCCGGCCAAAAGACAGAAGAUUUCUCGAAACCAAAUCCCAGUUACCAAUUCCCCCCUACACCUCUCGCUCUGCCUCGUGCAUUCACAGUUCACAAGUAGGGAAGCGGCCACCCUACUUGUUUGGCUUCUUCACGGUAUCCUAUAACUCCAAAGAGGAAAUCUUUACAAUGAAAAACAGUGCUCAGGAGGUGGAAUCAUGGCGGAGUUCUUCUUCUUCACAACCCCCUGCUUUCCUCAAGCUAGGGUUUUUCCAUCAUAAUGUGUAGUACUCUCCCCAGCUCUGCUGUUCUCUCUCUUCCCUACCUCUACCGGCUUGCUUAUGACAGUUGACAAACGGGCUGCAAGGGAUUUUCUUGUUCUUGCUUGCCCUUCUUUUGAUCGGCGGCAUUGUUGUUGCUUCGAUAGGGUGGAGCGAUGAGCCUGGCCAUUACAGAGAAGCGGCCGCAGCGGCGACAUGGAGGCUGCGCCGGUAUCUUCUUCCAGCUCUUAGAUUGGAACCGGAGGCUUGCGAAGAAGAAGCUCUUCUCUAAGAAGCUGCUUCCCCCUGUUCGCACUGCCAAGAGGCCGACGAAAAAUUUCGGCGGUGAUGAGAAGAUACCCUUGACGAAGCUGAUGCUUAUCGCUAAUGAGAACCGCGGAGGCUUUCCCAGCGCGAAGAAGGUGGACGUCGAUGAGAUUUCAGGGAAUGGCAUGCGAGCACCAGGAUUAGUGGCCCGGCUUAUGGGGUUGGAGUCGAUACCACUUACAGAUCAUGAAAAGCCUCGGAAAGCUUUAGAUUCUGAGUGCUACUAUGACAGGGAUGAAAGUGGGGAGUACUCUCGGCUUGAUCGAGACUUGUGUCAUGAUGUUGCAGGACAGGGGAAGCUUGAUUCUUUCAGGCCACAGAAGUUGCAGAAGACUAGAGGGUUCUUGGAGCGGCACCCAGCCAAUGCUGUGAAAUUUAGUCCUGAUUUGAUCCACAGAGGUGUUGUUGCUCGUUCCAGAAAGCAGCAGCAUAAAGUACCUUCCUCUGUGAAGAGUCCAAGGUUGCUUUCAAGGGGCAAUCAAGCUCGGUUAAUGCAAGCUGCAACUAAGAUUUUGGAGCCUGGUCUGCAGUCUCGAAGUAGAAGUAGACGUGCCAUUUCUUUUAAUGGAAUUUCAGAAUCGGGAAGUUUAGGAUCUGAAUCUACUGUUGUGUUGAAGAGAUCUAAAGAACCCCAACAUGAUUUUGUAAUUGGGCCUUGUAGGAGCUGUGGUAAAGCAGUUGAAUUCUCACAGUUGAGGUGCGGCGUGAUGGAACCAUUGGUGUCCCAUAAUGUUUCUGCUGCUUCUGAUUUGGGUAGCGUUUUUUCUCGAGACUGCGGUGUUAAGGAUCACAAGGUUCAUAAUGGAACCUCCUUGCUUGCUGUUCAAGAGAAAUUUGAUAGUCAUGGAAAGGCCAGAGAUUCAAUGGAGAGGAAACAACCAAUAGGAAGUGAUCGGCUUAAAUGCAAACUUCCACCAAAGGUUGCUUCUAAAAGUAAGACCUUGAGGAAGGCUGAGUUGCCGAUGAGUAGGGAAAACAUGGUUCACAGAUCUAAAUUGUGCAGUAGGAGACAGAUUGAUAGUGAUGCCAACGAAUUCAUGCCAUCCAAGCACUUUGUAGGUGCCAAAAAGAAUUUAAAUUCUUCUUCUUGCUUGAAAUCUGCCUCCAAAACAUCUGGUAGCAACGGAGUGAGCUCCGAGGGAAAUGUUUGGGAAAGUAGUUUGGCACGUAAAAGAAGAUCGAGCAGUAACUUGCAGACAGAUAAUGGAACCGCAUCAAAACCUAGUUUCAUGAAGCGAAGAAGUGAUCAGAGAGACAUAACUAAUAGAAAAGAAUCUGGAUUGAUUUAUGGAAAAGCUAUUAAUAGGAACCGUGCAAAGUCUGAACCACAGAAGUGGUUUAAUGUCGAAACUCUAAGCAGUGGAGAUGAAGGUAUUGUCCCUUUCACCUUUAGCUCAUCAAUGAAGCAUAAUUCCUUGUCUUUUGUAAAGGAAGCAGCUUCUGGAAAG